GCCACAUUUGUAAUCAACAGAAAUUAAUGAAGAAUAGAAAAAUACUGCAUGAAUUUAAAAAUGAAGACAGUGAUCGUGUAUCGCCAGCGUCGGAGUGAACACAUGCCGCUUAACUGUAUGCUGAUCAUGAAACAAGCAGAGAUCCAUCACGACGAACUGAAAAUUGAAGAUUUGGAUUGUUUGGCAGACCUGGAAAUUCGAAGAUGAGUUGUAAACCACUUGCUUAUUUUGGACGUCGGCUCUUCCGCCGUAAAUAUGUGGACUGCAGUACUGAAGAAACCAGGCUUGCCAGAUGCUUAACCACACUGGACUUAGUUGCACUUGGUGUUGGCAGUACCCUUGGAGCAGGUGUCUACGUGUUGGCUGGAGCAGUAGCUCGUGAAAAUUCUGGGCCUGCCAUUGUCAUCUCAUUCUUAAUUGCAGCUCUGGCAUCUGUACUUGCGGGACUCUGUUACGCUGAGUUUGGUGCUAGAGUCCCAAGAACAGGUUCUGCUUACCUCUACAGUUAUGUUACAGUUGGAGAACUUUGUGCUUUCAUUACUGGCUGGAAUCUAAUCCUUGCUUAUGUAAUUGGUACUUCGAGUGUUGCGAGAGCAUGGAGUGCGACAUUUGAUGAGCUCAUCGGUAAACACAUCGAAAUGUUCUGCCGUCAACAUAUGACCAUGAAAGCCCCUAGAAUAUUGGCGGAGUAUCCAGAUAUCUUCGCUGUAUUUAUAAUAUUAUUGCUAACAGGGUUAUUAUCCUUUGGUGUGAAAGAGUCUGCAAUGGUGAACAAAAUCUUCACUUGCAUCAACAUACUUGUGCUGUGUUUUGUCAUGCUGUCUGGCUUUGUAAAAGGCUCACUGAAGAACUGGCAGCUCAGCGAGGACACUCUGAUGAAUGGGACAAAUGGUACUGACUUGGAAAAUGUGACUAAAGAAGAAAAUGAAUGGAAAUAUGGUGCUGGGGGAUUUAUGCCUUAUGGCAUUUCAGGUGUGCUUUCGGGUGCAGCCACCUGCUUCUAUGCCUUUGUAGGAUUUGAUUGUAUAGCCACUACAGGUGAGGAAGUAAAAAAUCCCCAGCGAGCCAUUCCUUUCGGAAUUGUUGCUUCCCUUCUGAUCUGCUUUGUUGCUUAUUUUGGAGUGUCGGCUGCCCUUACUUUGAUGAUGCCUUAUUACUUACUGGACAAGAACAGCCCAUUGCCAGUUGCUUUCAAAUAUGUGGGAUGGGAUGGGGCAAAGUACGCUGUCGCAGUUGGCUCACUCUGUGCUCUCUCCACCAGUCUUCUUGGCUCCAUAUUUCCAAUGCCGCGUGUAAUUUAUGCAAUGGCAGAGGAUGGACUGCUGUUCAGGGUGUUGGCCCGAAUCAACGACAGGACCAAAACGCCACUGAUUGCCACAGUGGUGUCAGGGGUGGUAGCAGCUAUCAUGGCGUUCUUGUUUGACCUCAAAGAUCUUGUGGAUUUGAUGUCAAUUGGAACCCUUCUUGCCUACUCUCUGGUGGCUGCUUGUGUCCUGGUGCUCAGAUACCAGCCGGACCAAUUUUCUAACGCAACGUAUCAAAUGGCAAACACAUCCGAGGAUGCAGAUAUGACUGAAUCAGCCAGCACAAGUGACUCGCAGGCAGAUGUUUUAUCAGGAAGUGAUGAAGAAUUCUCAUUGAAUGCAUUGCUUUUUCCUGAAAAUUCACUCCCUACGCAGCGAUCAGGAUCUAUAGUUAAUAUUUGUGUGGGUUUAAUUGGGUUGUUCAUCCUGAUAUUUUGCUUGUUGACUGUUUAUACAAAAGAUGCUUUGUUGGAGAGGAAAUCCUGGUCCAUAUGCUUGUUGCUUGCAGUGAUUCUGCUCUGCGUGUUUUUCACUGCCAUAAUUUGGAGACAACCUGAAAGUAAAGCAGUACUCUCAUUUAAGGUUCCUCUGUUGCCCUGUUUACCUGUUGUGAGCAUUCUUGUGAACGUGUACCUAAUGAUGCAGCUGGACAGGGGCACUUGGAUACGCUUUGCUAUCUGGAUGGUAAUAGGGUGUGUUAUUUAUUUUGCUUAUGGAAUACGAAACAGCUCAGAGUCCAGUUCUUCCAGUCUCCCUGGUGAUAGAACUUCAAGGGUCUAUAAGGAGACAGUGAGUGCACCGAAUGGGGAAGCAGUACCUGCUGAGAAGGAAGCCUUCCUGCCCGAUAUCGACGAGUAUGCUGCCGAUUCUCGGAACGGAGAGGAUGACGUAUAAACCAAUACGAGUUCACUUUCUUCCAAAUACGUGUCUGGCAUCUAACUUGAAUGUUACUGUUUUUUUUUAAAAGCACAGCUGAACGACUGCUAUUUGCAUCAUGUAGGGAGGGAGUAUGUUUUUUUAUUCGCACAUGUCGGUGAGGGUUUUGAGUGCUGUUGAGCUGAAGUGGCAUUGCUGCUAUUUGUUUCAAUUCCCUAUUUUCCUAGAAUCUCCAAAACAAUGAAAGCAUUAUUCACAUAAAGAAAUAACUUGUUUUAGAACUAUUUAUUGGGUAUUAGCAAUGUGUAUUGCUGGGAAUGCUGAACUUUUAGCUCAUGGUUAUGCACACAAAAUGUAAGGGAUAUAUAUUUUUCCAAAAGAAAUGCUUUCCUUGGUCAAGUAAGCACUUGUAGAAUAAAAUUGUUAGUACCUAAUAUAGUAUCUAUUUUUACCCUAGGCUUAAAAUCUCUGUUGCACAAAUUUCCUUGAACUAUAAUACAGGGUACUGAGUGACAUAAUGUGUCACUCUUACCUCCUGGCCCUUUGCUUUAAUUUUAAUUCCUUUGAUUUUUAUUUUAAAUUAAAUACUUAAAAAAACAUUGUAAUCAAGCAAAGGAUCUAUUGUGUGGAGACAGUACUGAGAAUUGUUCUGAUGCCAGUGCUUUUGCUAAGUGAGACUUUUGCUAUGAUUUUAAAAAUUUCAUUUGUCAACCCUAUAAUUGAUUCUGAUUUUGUAGUUGAGGUAUAGAUAAUAUUUCCAGUGGGGAAUGUUAUAUUGUCUUUAUAUGUUCUUCUGUAGGAACAAAGUUCAGAUGGAUAAAGUCAUCCCAUUACUGUUCUUCCUACAGUGCGUUAAUUGUACCAAUCAUUUGUAUAUAUGUUUAACAGAGAGGCAGGUUUUGUUUUUAUAUGUAGCUAAUCAGGUUCCAGAUCUGCCUCGUCAAUUAUUUCUCCUCCAGAGAGGAGCAGCUUCUGUAGAACAUAUUUCAAUAAAAGCACUAGCAGUUUUAAUAGUAAAAAAGUUUUAAAAUCAGCUGGAUAAUUAUCUGAUCCAAUAUUGACAACUCAGUUAAUCAGUAUGCUUGAGUUCCUGUUGGAUAGAUUGAAAGUGUGAGCAAUUCUCACAGAGUUCAAGGGGAUUGAGUAGAGUAUCCUUUGAUUUUACCUAAAUUAUGGAAAAGGCAUCUCAAGGUUGAUAGUUUCUUAAGCAUUGUUUCACAAGUUUACGACCAAAUCAGUGAUGCAGUGAGGAACAGUGCUUUCACCAAGCAAAUAGAAAUUUAAAAAAAGAUCUAGAACAAAGGUCUUCUCGUUUAUUUUGCUGGCUUGCAUUCCUUUCGAAAAAGUUAUUGGAAUGAUGUGUGUUAUCAAAAAUGUAACUAACCAUUUGUGAUAUCAAAAUAUACCAGACUAAGUCUUGAAGUGAAGGGACAACUGUGGGCACUGUUAAUGGGAAGCUUGGGCUUUUACGUUUAAAUGAAGCUAAAGCAUCAUUUGCAUGAAUAUUCUUCCUAUUAGUGGUGUAGGCUUUGAAAGUGAAGAUGCGGCCUUUCUGCAUACAGAAAGAAAUGGAAUUUUACUUUGUACACACUGGUGCUGCAGAUUUGUAUUUGUGUGAAUGCAAUCAAAGUACAAGGAAAGAAUAUGCACACAAUACUAUAUCAUAUACACUUUCUCUAGACAACAGGUCAUGUAGUUAGUUGACUAUUGAAAGUAUCUGAUGGCAGCAGAAUUAAGGCAGAUUAUUGUACAUUUUAGAACUUGAUAAAAUUACCACCCACGUCAUUUGGGUUUCAUGGACACCACAUUAGACAUUGUAUACUAGUUGGCAUUGACAAGCCAAGCUACUAAACUCCUAAUGAAAACUGGGCUCUAUAGCAGUGAAAGGUAAAGAGGAAAUUUUCAGCAUCACGGCAUACUGGGAAGUUUGAGUUGCAAUCUCCCAAAGGAUGGCCAUUAAUAAAAUCCCAUUUCCUCAUCACUGAGUAUUAGAAUGAUUUUAAUCAUUGACGUGUCUGCUGCAGUGUGAGAUGCAUCAUAUUCUCGGGUCGGGUUGCACUGGGGUGAAUUUAUUAGGAGUAUUGAAAACUUGUUUCUUCAUUUGAUACCAGAGUCACACAAGGAUUUUAGAUUCCAUUCUCUGAAAAGCAUUAGUGAAUUAAAUGGACUUCGAAAGUGACAGCAUGGCGACUAUGUUACGCGCCUAAAGGUUUGUCAAAUUCUUAUUGAGACUUUCAGCUGUAACCCGUGGGUUGUUUUCUGUAAAUAUAGAAUAUAAAACUAGACUACAGGUUCUAAACCUAUAAUUGUGUCAUAUAAGCAUGAUUAAAGGGAAUUUGCAGCUGCUUUGGUGGAAUCAAUUGUGAAAAUUCAUAAAGACAAGUGGAGCUAGGUUUUAAAUAAUGAAAUUGAUAGACCUCUGGUAGUUAAUUCCCCAUUAUUAUAAAAUGAUUGAGAUGUAUAAGGUCACUGAGAUUUCCCUAUUAUCUGGGAAAAACUAGUUUUAAGUGAUGAUGUAGCUGGUGAUGUUUUCACUCCCAAGUGGAGAAAUGCCUCACUGUACUUCACCAUACGACAUUGACCAAUCUUUUUAAACAAGUAUUUUGAUAAUGUGAAAUAUGGGUGGCUAAAAGUGAGGCAAAGAACCAGGAGGAAGGGUUUGUUAGGUUAAAGAGGAAAUGACAAUGAAAUCUUUAAAUUAGCAUUUUAUAUUUUAUACAUGGGGUUUAAAAUAGUAAGUACAUGAUUUUUUUUCCCUCUUUUAACAAGGUGAUGGUGAGGCCACGUGCAGUAGUGUGCAAGAUUUUGCAGCCUGUUACUAGAAAGCGUUUACAGCUUAAAUGUAGAUUCAUCUAGCGAACCUAUAGGAAACUAUAAUUGCGGAUGUUAGACUAUCAGAUUUAUUUGCACUGCAGCAGAAAUGGAAAAGAAGAAAUGUAUUGGAAUCCUGAAGUGAAGAAAAACUAAGUUAUUUCUGUAGAGGAAGAUGUUGACAAAGGUGUCAGAACUCUGACCAUUGUUUUAAAUUGCUUGGGAGAAAUUACAUUGAUAGCGAGCUAUUGGAGCAUGAAAUUCUUUUCCAUAAGGUAUACAUAAUUUCCAUAGGGUUUACAUAACAGCAUCAUCUGCUGGGUAACUGGAUAUGUAUUUGAAAAAAGGGAAAGUAUUUGAUAUCAGGAGAGGUGGCAAUCAACAAUACUAGAGCUAGUGGGUGCAUGUUGGUGCCAGAUUGCUAUCCACACUUUGGGUUUCCUAUGCCACGACACCGUGGUAAUUGUCAGUCACUGUGGUACAUCCAGAGAAGGUGUGAGCAAUUUCUCUAGUGCACAAAAUUAGUGAACUCAAGCUUAAUUGUUUGCAAGGAGAGUUAUGUUUUCUCUUUUACUAUAUAAGCUGGAUGUGAUUUCUCAACUAAAAUGUAAAAUGUGCAGGGAAUUACCGUAAUGCCUUGGAUAACAUAUUUGGCAUUUAUGUCCAGUUUACAUCACUUUGGCUCAGAUUUAAUAGAUACCUUUAGAAUUUUUGAAGCUUUAAAAAUAGACAAAUGACAUCAAACAUUAAACUAUGAUAUCACAGCUGUUGGGUCUUGCAUGCAGGGUGAGUCAUUGGUGCCAAGUCAACUUGACCCACACAUUAUUUGUAUUUUUGUUAUUUUAUCUUCAAAAACUGAUGUAAGUCACGGGUGAAUAACACAGGUAACAAUUAUCGUCAGCUUUUUGCGCACAUUUAUGUCAGGAUAUAUCUGGUAUCUCCCCAGGGAUGGGUUUAAAUGCACAAAAUCUUUGCAUAAGAUUCUUCAAAGGGCAGGAAAAUAGAACCCAAGUGUGAUGUAAUAUUAUUUGAAGAUAUCCCUAAUGUAGCUAAAGGGUGCAGUGCUAUGCUUGAUGCUGAACCCUACAUUUACAUUAGAAGAGCCUGAAAUUGUUGCUGUGUUUUGCCUUGAGCAUUAACGUAUUCUGAGUGGCACCACAUAUAACACAGUACAGCUUUAUGGUUUUACUGGGAAGCUACUAAAAGGGAGAAAAUGAUACUGACUUCUAGAUACUGUGGAAGGAUUUCUUGUUCAAUCACCAUUAAACUUGGCAAGAAAGUUUUUGUUUCAGUGAGAAUAUAAUUUUGAGAUCAAAAAUGAAAAUAUGUUUUUCUAGCAUAUACGGAAGUAUGAUUAACAUCCAAAUGAGCUGGGAAUGUCAUGGUUUAUCAGCUUCCUUUAUCCUAGUGUACCAUUAGUCCAAAUAUAUAAAUGGAGAGCAGUGCACUGAUAUAUCAUUGCAAAUUUAAUGAGAUGCUUAGGGAGUAAGUGCUUUGUUGAAAAUAUUCCUCCCAAUUCCACCCCCUCCCCAAUAGAAAGAGUCACUAUUGAUUUUAUGGAAACAAUUUUGCAUUAAAGGCGUAUUUCCGUUUGCAAAGUAGGAUAGAGUUGAGGAGAAGGUGUGGGAAGUCAUAGUGUCAGCAUUGUUUUCCCUUUCAUUCCCUGCGUAAUGUUGCAGGAGAAUAGGAAGGGCUGCUUUGGUAAAGCUACACAAAUGAACAGGAAAUAUCCUGAUCCUAUCCUGCCCCAUUUAUCCUAGUGUGCACACAUCACAGAGGUGCAAAUUGCUGUCUGUUCACAUUAGAUGAAAAUAUAUUUUAAAAAAUAUUAAAAGCUGGAAUAAAAACGGAAUAUGCUGGAACUAUUCAGUGGGUCAGCCAGGAAGAGAAAUUGACUCAAGAAUCAGGUUUUAAUGUUUUCUGUACAUCCACUCAUCAGGCUGUGCAUAGUUAUCUUCGAGGCUUAGUUCCUCUAAUUCAAAACAAAUCUUGAAAAGGAAGAGGAAAAUAAGCUGUGACUGCUGGUUUGAGUAAGGAUUGACAACAUGUCACUGAUGAUUAUCAGGUCUCUUAAAAUGAUGAGAACCAAUGGGCUUGUGCAAAUUUUAGAUUAUGUGCCCUGCCAUGAAAAUAAUCGGUCUUUGGCUGUCUCAGGUCUAUUCUCAUGUUGCACUCCCAAGAUAUUUUGAUAAUUAGCUGGAACAUCUGAUAGUACCAACUUGGCUGUUUCCGUAUACAGCAAUACAGUAGCUUUUCUCUUAACGGUAACUGUUUGACCAGUGUUCACAAAAUCAUACUUCUUUUCAAAUGCCCUCUGAAUAAUUGAGGUUGGCUGUACCAGGCUAUUUACCUGAAAUCACUGUUCAUAGAUGUUUUAUGUCAUGAAUUCUGAGGUAAUAUUGGUGUUAUGAUAAUUCUAGGACCAGAUAAAUAAUUUGCAAAUAACACUCUUCACCACAGAGUGCAAAGGAGUUUACUGUUGUAGUAUAACAAUUGUUACUGGAUUAAUUGUUACAAAUAUCUUAACAAGGUAAUCAUUCUUAGUUUAUUUUCCAUAUUUCAUCUAAUUCCAUCUUUACAUUUAUUACGCGAAGAUUUUUGUUUUUAAUCCACGGGCUAACAAAGAUUAAAUAUGUGGUACUGUACUUUUAACAUUGAUUGUUUAGUGACUUCAUGUAAAUAGCCUAGUGAUUUCAGUGGAAAAUGGGAGGGUCUUCUGUACAUAGUUACAAUUCAGGAGUUGUAUUUAUGUAAAAAAAAUACUUGACUAUACGUUUUGUUUUGCCUUUCAGUAAAUUAUUGGUUGGCACAAUUUGCUUUAGUUCCCAUAUGUUAAAUGCAUAAAUUUAAACUUUUUUCAGUAACCUCAGCAUCAUAUAGUAAAUACUGUUGUUCCUCUCUGUGCCUUGUGGUGCAUUGGGUGGCAGCCUUGCUAAUUUCUUUAGCAUUUUUGUCUUUUUUUUAAACGAGGCUGAGUUGUUUGCUGAAUGCUCGACCCAGCACAGAUGGAAAGCGUGCAAGGAGUCAGCUGGACUCGAAUCCAGGACCACUCGCCUCGUAGUAAAUACAUCAUUUAUCUGUAACAAAUGGAUUGUUUGGGAGAUUUGUUACUGACUUUUGUGUUCUUGCAUAUUGUAAAUAAAUGGCAAUUUAACUAACUUGGCCAUAUGAUUUUUUUUGGCUUACAUUAUUCAC